UGUAAACAGCGGGAAACAGGUGUUUUUUGUAAGUUGAUUCUCAUUGGGUAAGGUCAGUGCCGCUCAGCUCUAUAAAUGAUUGUUAUCUAGGUUUUGGGGCUCCAGUUCAUCGAAGUUCACAUUACAGGCCAGUUAAGAUCGAGAUGCAAGGUGUGCUGGUUCCGCUGAUGAUUUGGUUGCUUUGGAUUCCGGAGAUCCCAGCAGAAGAGCCCGGCUUACGGCGGAGUCCCCGCGUGGUUGGGGGCCAUCCAAGUGAGGUGCGGAAUCAGCCGUAUAUGGUCAACAUUAGGCGGCGUGGGAACUUCGAAUGCGGUGGGUCUCUGGUCACUCCACAUUGCGUCUUGACCGCCGCCCACUGCCUGAAAGAUGGUCAGCCGUCCGACUUUGUGGUUCGAGGCGGGGUCACCUAUCUGAAUGACAUGCGUAAUGCCCGCUAUGUGAGGAAUAUCCUGCUCCCAUCGGCCUACAGUCGCGUUACUUUGGAACACGAUGUGGCUCUGUUGCAGCUCCAGCAACCGCUCCAGGCCUCCAUUGCACAACCCAUCUCGUUGGCCGUGAGAUCUCCUCGUCCUGGUUCUUUUGUUCGGGUUUCCGGCUGGGGUUUAACCGAUGACAGCUCCACAUCACUGCCCAAUCAGUUGCACAGCGUCCAUGUGCGAGUGAUGCCGCAACAGGAAUGCAGGGAUCUGUACCGAGGUUAUCGCAAUAUUACAAACAGUAUGUUCUGUGCCUCCGUUCCGGGUUUAAAGGAUGCAUGUGCCGCUGAUUCCGGCGGACCAGUGGUAAAUUCCCACGGGUUUCUAGUGGGCGUAGUCUCAUGGGGAAGGGCUCAUCGUUGUGCCGACAAAAACAGUCCCGGCGUUUACUCCGAUGUGAGUUACCUGUCCGAUUGGAUAGCGGAUAAUAUUUACAGGUAUUGCUAG